AUGAGAAAAACGUGGAUCACAUGGGGUGCAGGAGAUCUAUGCGGUGGAAAGGGGUGGAGAGGGGUGGAGUGGGCCGGGGGCGGAUGGCGGCAUGGGCAUGAACCAAACUUCAGGGAGCUGGGCGUGCUGUGGGCCGUGCCCAACCCAAAGGACCCUCGUCGCCCCACAGUGCAUCGCCUGCACCUUGUGGCGCGCAGCGGCAAGCUGCACCCCAAGCGCCGCCAGUCCGCCCCUCCUGCUGCCAGUAAGGGCAAGAAAGGCAGCGACGCCGCUGUGAACGGCACAGCGGAGCCGUUUCUGCUACGCGUGGCGUAUAACAACAAGCAGCUGCCCGUGCCAUUUGUGAUGGGGGAGGUGGUGGAGGGAGCGGGAGGGAGUGUGCUGGCGACAAACGGCAGUGGGUAUAGUGCGGGGGUGAGCAGUAGUAGUGGGUGGAUGGCUGAUGUGGGGGGGAGGGUGGAGGAUGGGAGAGGGAUCGGCAGCUGCGACGGCAAUGGGGAUAGGGAUGGGUGCAGUGGGUUUACUCUGCGGUUGGAGGAGGUGGAGAAAUUCGGGCAGUUUGCUGUGGAGCGGUACGAGCUGGCGGUUGCUGACGUGGCGAGGAUGAUCAUACGCGCACGCGUGGCACACCCGAUGCUGCAGACGCCAACAGACUCGCAGGCACAUUUCAGCGUUGAGUUUCUACUGGUGGAUGCUAGUCCAGGCAUGCAUGGGGUGCUGGGGCAAACUUACCAGCAGACGCGAGAGCGAGCGGCAAAGGUGGCAGAGGUGGUUGAGAGAGCAAGGCGGACUGGGCUUCCGGAGAUGACUGAUGAGGAGGCUGGGAAGGGGUUUUUGGAUGGGGAGGUGGAGGACUAUGAGUCGAGCCACAUCGGGGCGCCCAAUUGUAAAUUCACGCGGUUCGGCAAGAAGUGA